CUAAGUUCGAGGCACUGAGUGAUCCUGAAUUGGUGCAUCAUAUGAUCUUAUUUUCAUGUGAAAAACCUGGAUCAGAAAAUCAUUUAUGGAGAUGCGAUGGAAUGUCUACUGAUACAUCACCUGUAUGCGAAGGAACUCAAGAAAUUGUAUUCGCCUGGGCGAUGGGGGCUCCAUCAUUUAAAAUGCCAGAAGGUGUGUCGUGUAAAGUUGGCUUGGGAACUCCAAAGAAAUACUUGGUCUUGCAAAUUCACUAUAAAAGUUCAGCCUCAUUCGAGUCAGAUGAGAAUAAAGUAGAUACGAGUGGAAUAAAACUUACUGUACAAACGACACCAACCAAUAAAUUGUCUGGAGUGUAUCUACUAUUUAGCGGUGGUAAAGUUCUACCUAAACAGACAACUAAACUUGAAAUGAGUUGCAUGUAUAAAGGCCAAGCUACACUUCACCCAUUCGCCUACGGUGUUCAUACACACAGCCAUGGCGUUUUGAAUGAAGGAUACGUUCUUGAGGACAAAAAUAAAUAUUUGAUUGGAUCCAAAUCACCACAAGUUCCUCAGAUAUUUUAUCCAGUGGAGAACAAAUCGCUUGAAAUACAUAAUGGUGAUAACAUUGCAGCAAUGUGCAUCAUGAAAAAUGAUGAAGAUAGAGUUAUCCCAAUGGGAAGUACACGUCAGGAUGAAAUGUGCUACUUCUACAUGAUGUACUGGGUUGACAAAGACAAUGAGGAUCAGCUGUAUGAUGAAAAAAAUCAAAUUUGCUAUGUCGGUGACGAAUCGGAUAUUGAGAAUGAAAUGAAAAAUAUGUAUGAAUUAUCCAGUUCACAAUUCCCCUGGACAGAUUUUGAUUUUCAAGCUGAAGUAGACGAUGAACCUUUAUUUGAAUUUAACUGAUUUCAUCAACUGACAACCGUUGAUAGCAUAAGAUAUACAAAAACAGUAACUCAGAGUUUUGCCAUUUGAAAAGCUGCUAUUAAUUUCUGUGAUGUGUCCAUUUGUGUUUGUCUUUGCAUUGGUCAUAUUUUGUAUCGUAUUAUUUUGUGAACAUUUGUCUCUGUUGAAUUUUUAUUUGUGCACAUUUUUUGGCAUUGUUUAACUUCUCUUUCGACUGGUUCUUCUUUGGAAUUCUUUUUUAUUUAUUAACAUUCUAUAAUUUAAGAGAUUUCAGUUGGUUUUUUUUGUUUCUAUUAACAGUAUUACUUAAAUAUAUUACACUCAUCCAACUGUUUUC